AGUACCGCCCGCUACGUCACAGGCCCGCCCGACCCGCCAGCGCCUGGUUGGCUGCAGUGCCUGCUUACGCGUCGCUCUUCCUCUUCUGCCCCUCGUAUUGAAGGGAAUCGUUCUCUUUCUACCUCGGCAGAGAAGAGGUGAUGGCGGCGCUGGCAUCUCUCCGUGCCCUGGCGCUACUCCUGCUGUCCAGCCUCUCCUGCUGCUCAGAGGCCUGUGUGGAACCCCAGAUCACUCCUUCCUACUACACUACCACGGACGCUGUCAUUUCCACUGAGACUGUCUUUAUCGUGGAGAUCUCCCUGACAUGCAAGAACAGGGUCCAGAACAUGGCUCUUUAUGCUGAUGUCAGUGGAAAACAAUUUCCUGUCACCCGGGGCCAGGACGUGGGGCGUUACCAGGUAUCCUGGAGCCUUGAUCACAAGAGCGCUCACGCAGGCACCUAUGAGGUCAGAUUCUUCGACGAGGAAUCCUAUAGCCUCCUGAGGAAGGCUCAGAGAAAUAAUGAGGACGUUUCCAUCAUCCCACCACUGUUUACAGUCAGUGUGGAUCAUCGGGGCACUUGGAACGGUCCCUGGGUGUCCACUGAGGUGCUGGCUGCAGUCAUCGGCCUAGUGACCUACUAUUUGGCCUUCAGUGCCAAGAGCCACAUCCAGGCCUGAGGGUGGCAGCCACAGUCUCCCCCUUGCUUCUUUGAAUAAAUGGUCACUGGCUAUCA